AGCACUAAAACCUGGAAAUCAAUCAAGUCACAGUCUCUGACCUUGAUCUGAGUUGUGACAAAAAUGGAGAACCACCCUCGUCUGCAUCUGCUGAAAAGCCUCCUUACAUGAACAACAGCAACUACCCGUUACCGAAACUGAACUACUAUAUGUGAAUGAAUGUGAUAGGGACUUUAGAUUGUAAUAUAGAUUGUAAGCUCUACUGGCUCAGGGACUGAUGAAUAUUCUCUGCAACGGACUGUUGACACCGUGUCUCUCGAUGGGAGUGGAAUCACUUCCCUUUAUAAAAUAUCACAGUCCAGAUUUCUGGGAACUUGUAUAAGUUUAAUUUAAGGGAAGUGCUUGUGUUUGAAUGCAGUGUCAUUAGAGAUUGCAAGUGAAUAAAAGCUCCGGAAAGAUCGGCACCAGAUCAAAGAAUUGACCAAAUUGGCAUUAUGUGUUGAGGCAUUCUUACUUGCCUGGUAAAGCUGUAAAGAGGAUAGUCAGAAAUGAGGCCUUACCAUUCAACAUCCCAAAUUGCUGCCCUGAUGACACUGAUACUUCAACAUAUAUCAUUGACGGCAGGUUAUGGUUACGGGAAGUGCUCUCUGGAGGGUAUUCAUACAGAAUAUGCUAACUGUGUAGGGCAGAGCAUUGUCCCUUUGGCAAAAGCCAUUGAAGACCUUCCUUGUCGAACGAGAGUGUUGAAUGCAUCUGAAAAUGAAAUCAGCGAGAUCGACGGUUACUCCUUUUCUCAUCUGUCUGAAUUACAAGAGCUCGUGCUGAGUAAAAACAAAGUUGGUCGAGUGGACACUUGGGCUUUCGAUAACCUAAACCAUCUUCUUAUCCUUGACCUGAGUUAUAAUUUGAUUCAGUCGUUGGAUACAGUGGAUCUGACAAACCUCAGAAGUCUUCAAAUAUUUGACCUAAGUCACAACAGAAUACACACGAUCCAACGUGGGACCUUUAGACCUUUAGGAGCUCUACAAGAACUUGAUCUAUCGUUUAAUAAGGUAUCUGAUUUUAGACCAGUGACCAAUGCAGUGGCAGAGCUGCCAGAUUUUUUAAGACUUCGUUUGUGCUCUAAUUUUAUAGCAGAUUUGAAAAGUGAGCAAAGUUUGAUGGUCCUCCCAUCUCUACAAUCUUUAAACCUGUGCAAUAAUUCUAUUUCUGCCUUGGACUUCACAUUCUACUUCAUGCCAAGUCUAAUGGAGCUCAAUGUCACAAAAAAUAAUAUGUCUGCCUUGAACAAGAGCUCCUUCGGCAACUUGCCCAUGUUGUCUAAAGUAACUUUUGACGAGAACUCUUUAAACAUUUCACAGUUAUUAGGAAUCGUUCUCACCAACCUGACGGAAUUUCAUUGGUCGAGCAUGCACCCGGCUCUCCAGCAUGACCCGGCAUCUGCUUGCCAGGUGUUCCAAACAUUCCCGAAAUUAAAGUUGUUGGAUAUCAAACAUUCCAAAAUCGUAAGUGCUAACCUAUCCGUUAUUGGUAGGUGCACUAACUUGACUUCUCUUAUUCUUACAACAAGUCCUCUCCGCAGAAUCAAAGAAAAGGAUCUACAAAAUUUCAAGUCUCUUGAGGUACUUUAUCUUGACAAGUGUAAACUACAAGCAAUUUCUAGUACAGCAUGGAUGGGUCUUAAGGCUAUUCAUACUCUAAUACUUGAGAGAAAUCAACUAACUGUCCUAGAAAAUUCAUUGUUCUCCCCCUUAAUUGGCCUUCAGUAUUUGGACCUAUCAAAGAACUACUUGACACACCUUAAUGAAAAGGCAUUUUAUGGCCUCAGACGUCUAAAAUACCUUGGUCUUAAAGGAUGUAAAAUAACAGAGGUAACAAGGAACAGUUUCAAGUAUUUAACAAACCUUCAUGUCUUGAAUUUGCAAGACAACAGUUUAUCAGUCAUUAAGCCCAAUGCCUAUCACUACCUUAAAAAGCUAGAAACCCUUUUGCUCUCAGGUAACAAAAUUUUAACAAUUCAGAAAAAUGGUCUGAAAGGUCUCAACUCCCUGAAGGAGCUCUCACUGGCCAGAAAUAAUAUCUACAAACUCACCAAUAAUACUUUUAAAGAGCUUAAAUCAGUCAGGAGUUUGGAUCUCAGCAGAAACCAGCUGUGGCAUCUGCACAAACUUCAGUCUCCUUGUCCAUUUCUAAAGCUUACACAUUUGGAAAUGUUGGAUGCAAGUUAUCAGACAACAAAUAACCUUCAUAUUCCUCCCACAUUAUUUCAAGGUCUACAGUCUCUUAAAGUACUGAAGCUCCAAGGAAACCCAAGUCUGUUUUUUAAAAACAUAUCAUUUGUGUUUCUUUUAAACUUGACCGAAUUAGAUAUGUCAUCAACGGUCUAUACAAUGACGGAACCUCCAAUUAGUUUUAAGAAAGAAUUAUUCAACAGGCUUGGUCAACUUAGGAUUCUUACACUGGACAACAAUGGGAUCCAAGUUCUUCCAGAAGACAUAUUUGCUAAUGUACCCCUGUUGGAACGCAUAUCUUUAAGGUACAACAGACUGACCAACGUUAGUGAAGCUAUAUUGAAAAAUGUGCCUAAACUGACUUAUUUUGAUGUUUACAUGAAUACUCUUUCCUGCUCUUGUGAUAACUAUUGGUUUCAGAAUUGGUCUAUAAGUAGCACAGAGGUCCAGAUACCCUAUAUUCAGUCAUAUAAAUGUUUUGGCAUAGGUUCCAACGACGUGCUCUUCGAAAAUCAAGACUUUAGUUUUUGCAAUGGAAAUGGCUACUACUACUUUCUUGGAAGUUUCAUGAUAACAUUUUCUUUUUUGAUUGUGACUCUUCUAAUGGUCAAGCUAAAAUGGACUGUGAGGUAUCUUUAUUGUAUGCUAGAAGUGUGGUUUCAGUGGAAACUUGAGACGAAGGAGAAAGCAUACGAGUAUGACGCUUACAUUUCUUACUGCGAAGAUGAUGAGAUAUGGGUAACGGAAAAGUUACUGUAUAUGUUGGAAGUCCAAGGACCACGUAAAUAUAAGCUGUGCUUCAAGCCGAGAGACUUUAUUCCAGGAUUAUACCAACUUGACAACAUUCAGGAUGCUAUCACUAACAGCCGCAAGACUUUGUGUGUGGUCAGCAGAAAGUAUUUGCAAAGUGAAUGGUGCAGAGAGGAGAUGCAAUUGGCCUGCUCUUGGUCCUUCUCCUAUAAGGAAGAUGUCCUUGUCAUGGUGCUCCUAGAAGAAAUUCCAGAUUACAGACUUUCGGCCUACCACAAACUCAGGAAGCUGAUAAAGCAAAACACAUACAUUGACUGGCCCGAGGACCCCUGGGGAGAAGAAGUCUUUUGGUUAAAGCUCCGGAAAGCAUUGGAUGGAGGGGUGUGUGAAGAGAAUAAUAUUCAGUUGUGUGACUGACUGAACAGUUACAUUCUACAAAACUGGAUGGUCUAUAAAAACAGACUGAAAGAGUCACUACUGAAGCAAACAAGGACAAGAGGGACCAAAGAGUAUCAGAACGUGUUUCUCAAGUCUAAAUAAUGUGUUGGUGUAGCCAGAAACUUGAUUUCUCUCUCUCUCUCUUUUAUCCUUCUCUUUCUCUUGUAUAUCUAUCUCUCGUAUCUCUCUCUCUCUCUCUCUCUCUCUCUCUCUCUCUCUCUCUCUCUCUCUCAUAUCAAAUCAAAUGAGCUUUAUUGGCAGGACUAAAUACAUUUAGCAUUACCAAAGCAGGUAGAGGGGUGAAAGGAGUGGGGGGCAAUUUAUGGGAAUAGGGGAAAGUUCUGUCUCUCUCAGUCUCUUACAUAAUGUGCCACUAUUGCUUCUCCCAGUAGGAAGUGGAUUUUCCUCUCUUCUUUUAUGGAUGUCUUUUAUGGAUGUGACUGGAGAAUCUCUGGAAGUGGGUGUCCCUCAGUGCUGUGUAUUUGGGGCACUGUAGCAAGAAGUGGGCCUCGUCCUUCACUGCCUCCUGUAUCUCUCCCUCUUGUAUCUCUAUCUCUCGUAUCCCUCUUGUAUCUCUAUUUCUCGUAUCUCUCUUGUAU